AUGGCUCAGCAGAACUAUUCAGGAGCUGCCAUUUACCGGUGCAACGGAAACGAAGCAACUAUGUUGUCAGAGUCCCUCCACACGUGCAACGGCCAAUUCUCCUCUUGCCGGGCUUUCCUGAUCUUCACAGCCAAGUCUCCAUAUGUUACAGUUGCGGCCGUUGCUAAUCUGACCUCGUCAGACCAAGCUGAAAUUUCACGAAUCAACAACAUCACGGCGUCCAGAGUCCUCCCAGAAGGACAAGAGGUCGUCGUCCCAGUUGAGUGCUCGUGUUCAGGUCGAAGCUAUCAAGCCACCACCACUUACCAGAUCCGACCCGGCGAGACUUACUUCUUAAUUGCAGACAAGACUUUCAAGGGAUUGUCCACUUGUGAUGCGCUUAAACAUGCAAAUAUGUACCGGGAGACGAGUUUGUUGCCGGGGCAGAAGUUGCGAGUUCCGCUGAGGUGUGCAUGUCCAACCGCAGAACAAGCUGAUGCCGGGACGAAAUUUUUGCUAACUUACUUGGUUGGCCAUGGUGAUACUCUUCUUGGUUUAAGCAAAAGAUUCAAUGUGAGUGCAGUGAGUGUAUAUGUAGCAAACCAUUUUCACGACGAGUUUGCUGAAAUCGAGCCUUUCACGACCAUCCUCAUCCCUUUGCCAAGUGAACCGUCACAUUCGCUAGCUACAAGCAGGAAGCGUAGUGUGACUACUUCACCACCUCUGCCUCCUCCCGUUUCUCUGAAAAGCCAACCAAAGAGGGCUCCAAUGAUUGUUGGCAUUACUGCCGGAGCUUUUUUCCUGCUAAUAUCGCUGCUAGUUCUCUUGUUUCUGUCUUGGAAGAAAAGAGCACAAGUUGCAGAUGGUAGACGAAGAAAUGCUACUUCUCCUCAAGACUUGAUUCUUGAAAUCGCAGGAAUUCAUCGAGCCCUGAAAGCAUACAAAUUCUCAGAAAUAAAGAAGGCUACUAGAAAUUUUGGGUCCAGAAGCAGGAUCAAAGACCACGAGUACCGGGGAACUUUCAAACGGGAAGUUUUGGCUGUUAAAAAGAGUAGCGGGAAUGCAGAGUACGAGGUGAAGAUGCUGUAUAAGAUGAAUCACUUCAAUAUAGUAAGACUUCAUGGAUUCUGCCAAGAUAAAGAUGACUUGUACCUCGUGUAUGAGUACAUGGCAAACGGCUCCCUUCGGGACUGGCUGAACAGAAGAGGAUCCCAGCAUACGAAGAGCUGGAACCAACGCAUGCGUAUUGCACUUGAUGUUGCCAAUGGCCUUCUCUAUCUCCACAACUUCGCAAACCCAGCUUAUGUGCACAAUGAUGUAACAAGCAGCAAUGUUCUUCUUGAUGGAAACCUGCGAGCAAAAAUUGCGAAUUUCAGUCUUGCAAAAGAAGCAAACUGCAGUGAUACAAAAAGGGUUGUGGGGACUAGAGGAUACAUGGCACCUGAAUGUCUUGGUGCAGGUCCAGUUACUCCCAAGGUCGACGUAUACGCCUUCGGAGUAGUACUGCUGGAGCUUAUAACAGAUGAAUUCCCAGUUUUUGAGCAGGAUGGUGGAGGAAGACUUCUUUCAACAACGAUAGCUGCUCUUAUGGAAAGCUUGAAUGCAGAAACCGACCUAUGCAGUUUAAUUGCCUCUGGUCUCGCUGGAAAUAGUGGGACAAAAUAUGCCCUCCAGGUAGUGAAGCUAAGCUUAAGCUGUUUGACACAAGACCCUUCCGAUCGACCAGACAUGGUCGAGGUUGUCUCGAUUCUUCAGAAAAUGUACUCUAUUAUACAUACCCCACACUAA